AUGACUGAGUCUAAAGAUAAAUACUGUAAUAAAUCAGGAGACUCUGAAGAUUCAGCUGACAAACUCAGGAAGAAAAUCUAGAAAUCUAAGCAUCAGGGUGGGAUUACAACGUCAUCUAAAAUAAGAGAGAUGUUUAAAAAGUAACAGUUCAAGGAGAUUGUAAAUUGGGCUGAGAAAGAUUCUUCAAAUACAAUCAUUCAUGAAUAUGAUGAGAUUAAGGUGAAUUCGCAAACUUUGAAAGUAGGACAAAAUGCAUUAAUUAAAAAUGCCAAUAAUCCGUCUGAGGAUUAUGUUGGAAAAAUAUAGAAAAUAAUAACAAUAAAUGAAAAUAACUCGUCAAAAUUCAUUUGUCUAUGUGAAGUCAGAUGGUUUUAUCGAAAAAGUGAAGUGAUUAAAUUUCGAUCUUCAGCUAAGGUUUGGAUUUCCAACAGUGAGGUCUUUAGUACUUCAUGUACAGACUAUAUUUUGGCCUCAGCGAUUCAAUCUCCUUGCAUUAUUUACUCUUUAGAAGAAUAUGAAAGUGCUUAGACUUUGGAUAAGUGCACAUUCUUCACAAGAUUAGGCUGGAUACCAAGCAAAAAUAGAUUCGAAGGUUAUUCAAAAUUGACAAACCAUUGCACAUGCAAAUAGCCAUUGAAUCCAGAUUUGCCUUCUAUACAAUGCGAUAAAUGCCAGAAAUGGUACCAUAUGAACUGCGUUGGAGUUACUAAAUCAGAUUACGAUUAAAAAGAGUACAUAUGUGGGUGUUGUAGAUGA